AUGGAGGCUACAAAAGUCAUCAUCAGAUGCAUGGUGGACUUGUCCUUUGGAGAAGGUAGCAGUAACACUUUUGCUUUGCAUCAAAAGUCUUUACCCACUCAGGGUAUUACUCAGAGAAGCCUGAAGAAGGAUAGUCUGAAAGCCUUGCCUGCAACGAAUAUUACUCAAAGAAUCCUGAAGAAGGAUAGUCCGAAAGUCUUGCAUGCAACGAAUACUGCUCUGAGAAACUUGAAGAAAGAUGUUCUGAAAGUCUUAUCUGCAACGAGUACUGCUCAACGAGUCCAGAAGAAAGACUUUCAGUCUUCAAAUUCCAAGAAUUUUGGUGCUUGGUCUAGGAAGUUCUGCAACGCUUCAAAGAGAAGAGAAGCUUCAGUUGUUGUGGAAACUGAACAGGUGUUGGGCAGAUGCUUCAAGCUUGGUUCAUUCUGGGUGCUCAAAACGGAUCUGUAG